AUGCCGCACAAACGUGCCAAACGAACUGUUCGUGAACGAGAGAGAUCCCUGAAAGGCGACAAUCUACCACCAAGGCACCUUGGGAAUGAGGACACGGUGCCAAAGUCUGUAGCUCGCAUCCUUAAUGCCGAGAAAAUCCGUCUUCAAUUCAGGGAGAAAAAGCGGAAGAUCGAUGAGCCCAACGGCGAUGAAAGCCCUCAACUGAAACGAAAACGGCCGGCCAGUGAUGUAAACAAUCGGAAGGAGGAGAUGCUAAAGAUUCAGCCAGGAGAAACUAUAGCUCAUUUUAACAAGCGAGUUGAGAGUAACAUGAUGCCGCUCAUUAGAACAGCGAUGCAGCAGUCAUCAGCACAGGUCCGGAGGGUUCAGAAGCGUGAAAUUGAGCAGGGAGUCGCCCAGCCUGCUGCACAGGUCAAGACGAUUAAUAACGCUAGCCGUGCAGACGUUUCAAAUCCAUCGCCGCCCCCUUCGACCAACACACCCCCUAGCCGUGCAGACGCUUUAGAUUUAUCGCCACCGGCCAGCACACCCCAGCGGCAACCUCGUGACAAACCCAAGGAGUUUCGUGUAUCUUCAACAUCGGCACCGCGCCGCCUUAACGAUAUUGCUCAAGAGCCGCCACGAUUCGACAAAUUGCCUCGGGGUGCCCAAUCAGGCAAAGACUCUUCGAAGGAGAAAGUCGUGGGGAUACUCAGCAUGGCACAAAAGGCAAUGAUGGAAGAAGAAAGAGAAAAUGUCAUCAAACGUUACCGGGAACUUAAAGCCAAGAAGUUGCGUAGUGAUUGUAGUGACGCAAUGGGUGGGUGA